AUGAGAAAAAUGGGUGGGAAGAAGCUACAUGCCAUUAUGAUUGGCUUCUUCUACCAAGGCCAUAUCGCCCCUUUCCAAAAUCUGGCGAUCAAGCUUGCUUCAAGUGGGUGUGCUGUCACGUUCGCCCACAACGAGUUCGUUCACCAUAUGUUAUCCAAAGCUGAAGGUGUUAACGUGGAAAAGGCCGAUCCCUUCCUUGUAGCUCGCCGGUCGGGUCUAGACAUACGCUAUGCCACAAUUAGUGACGGAUUCCCGCCGGAUUUUGACAGGAUAGUCAACUUGGAGCAACACUGGGAGGCUAUUUUUCUCGAUUUCCCAUCACGUGUGGAUAAGUUGAUCGGAGACAUAAUCCACAAAGAUGAUGAGGCUUUUGCGCAUUUCUUGGUUGCUGAUACUUUCUACCCUUGGCCUGCAAGUAUUGCUAGAAAGUACAACAUCUUGAAUGUGUCCUUUUGGACACAGCCGGCUCUGAUGUUUGCAACGUACUAUCACUAUGAUCUUCUUGUAGAGAAGGGCUACUUGCCAAUAAAAGGUGAUGAGGUCGAGAGCAAGGACCCGGCCUUCAAUACCAGCAUAACCAAAAAGAUUGUAGCGGAAGCGUUCGAGCAGGUGAAGCAAGCAGAUUUCAUCCUGAUCAACACCGUAUACGAGCUCGAGCACGAGUUGGUUUCCGAUAUGCACCACAACCAGCCAACAUACGCGGUCGGCCCUCUGAACUUCACCACCGAUGUUGCUCUUCCAAAGAGCCUGUGGGCCGAAGCAGACUUCACCUCGUGGCUCGACUCGAAACCUCGUGGCUCUGUUUUGUAUGUUUCAUUCGGCAGUCUCGCUCACAGCAACCGCCAACUCGCUGAGGAGAUAGCCAACGGGCUUCUCCUCAGCGGAGUCCACUUUGUUUGGGUUAUUCGUGACGACCCACAAGUUUUGCCCGAUGGAUUCGAGGACGAGAGCAAGGAUCAAGGGCUGAUCGUUUCGUGGUGCAAUCAGAGCGCGGUGCUCUCCAAUCCUGCUAUUGGAGGAUUCCUGACGCACUGUGGGUGGAACUCGAUUCUAGAAGCCAUAUGGUGUGGCGUUCCGAUGAUCUGUUAUCCGUUUUUUGCGGAUCAGCCAAGCAACGGGGAAUUAGUGGUUGAUGUUUGGAAGGUGGGGAUUAAUCUCUGCGACGGAACAUCGGUUGAUCGGAGAGAAGUUGCGGAGAAGAUUAAGCAGUUGAUGAGUGCUGAAUCUUCAAACUCUCUGAGGGAUGAGAUGAACAAAAUGAGAGCGUUGAUGCUACGUGCUUUGGAUGAAGAUGGGUCGAUGCAGGCAAAUUUUCUGCAAUUUUUCAACGAUUUGUGGGACAGAGCUGAGGCACGGGCUGAGGAGGCUGAGGAGGAGGUUGAUUCCGACUGAUUCGUUGUUUAUUUCCACGACUAAAACCGAACUGAUAAUAUGGUUUGUGAGAUUUUAAAAGUUCUCGGAAUUUCCGAGCACCAAGUUCUUAGUCAAGGAAUAUUUCCAAGCACAACUAGGAAAUGUUGGCAUUAAGAUGACCAGAUUUUUUUCUAAGCAUUUUGAUGCUCAGAA